GGUACGAGACCGUAAGACAUGGCACUUUUGAUUUCCAUAAAGAGAUGGAAUCAUACUGUGACAAUGACGUUGUUAUACUUCGUGAAGGAUGCCUCAGAUUCAGAGAAGAGGUAAUCAAAGAUGCGGGCAUUGACCCCUGGAGCUGUACAACUAUUGCAUCAGCGUGCAUGAAAACCUAUCGUACACACUAUCUAACUCCUGAAUCUAUAGCUAUCCCAUCGCCAGACAACUACCGACGCCAAUUCAAGGCCUACUCUAGUGGUUCCAUUCAAUGGUUGGAGUACUUGGCCCAGGAUAAAGAUAUUUUUAUCCAACAUGCUUUGAAUCGGGGGGAGAAGGCUUUUGGGCCUUACCAUGUAGAUGGAUACACACAGAUUGACGGGGUUGAGACAGUGUAUGAGUACAACGGUUGUUUCUUCCACGGUUGUAAAUUAUGCUUUGUCCCCCACACCUUGUGUGUCCUAACCCAAAAGACUUUUGGGGAAAUGUACCAAGAGUUUCAAGACAAACUGAAUUCUUUAAAGGCUACUUACGGGUUAAAAGUUGUGGUUUUGUGGGAGCACGAAUGGACAGCCCUCAAAAAGGCAGAUCCUAGUGUUAAGGCCUUCCUUACCCAUUAUGACCCUCCAGAGCCCCUGGAACCGCGACAGGCCUUGUUUGGAGGCCGGACCAAUGCUUUGACAUUGCGUUAUGUAGCUCAACCCGACGAGACAAUAGGCUAUGUAGAUUUUACAUCCCUAUAUCCUCAUGUAAUGAGUUCCUCAUUCUAUCCUAUAGGGCAUCCUGAAAUUAUUCACAGCGACUUUGACGAACCCCAAAAUUAUUUUGGUUUAAUCAAAGCGACUGUCUACCCUCCUAGGGGGCUGUUUAUACCUGUGUUGCCUUACAAGGGUCCUAAAGGAAAACUUUUCUUUCCCCUUUGUCGCACAUGCUGUGAAAACCCCAACCAGGAAAACCCCUGUGAUCACACAGAUCAAGAAAGAGCCCUGACCGGUGUAUGGGUCACUGUAGAAUUCUCUAAGGCUUUAGAGAAGGGGUAUCGUGUGGCCAAAAUCUUUGAAGUGUGGAACUUUUCCAGGAAAUCAGACACACUUUUUAAAGAGUACAUCAAAACCUUCUUGAGAUGCAAGCAGAUGGCUUCAGGCUAUCCUGCAUCGGUCACAGAUCAAGAAAGUAAAGACCAGUACAUUCAAGACUACCAUGACAGAGAAGGCAUACUUCUUGACCCUGACAGAAUAGAGGUCAACAAAACCAAAAGAAAUGUGUCGAAAUUGUACUUGAACUCCCUUUGGGGGAAAUUAGCGCAGAGAUGCAAUAUGCUAACAACUUCGAUCAUUAAAGACCCCGAAGAAUUUUUGGAAUUUGUUUUUUCGGACCAAUACGAAAUUUCACAUUUUUCCUUCUUGAGUCAAGACAUUGCCUUGGUGCAAUGGAGGCGCCACCAAAAGUGGGUUCUACCCCCGGGUAAUGUAAAUGUGUUUCUUGCAGCAUUUACCACAGCCUAUGGCCGCCUUGAACUGUACACCCUCAUGGAACAGCUUCAGAGGCGGGUUCUUUACCACGACACAGACUCUGUGGUCUAUGUAAGCAAACCGGGGGAUUGGACCCCCCCACUUAGCAACUAUCUUGGGGGUUUAACGAGUGAACUCGAAGAGGGUGACCAUAUUACAGAAUGGUCCUCAUGUGGUCCAAAAAGCUAUGCUUUUAGGACUAAAGCCAAUCACGUGGUGUUGAAAGCCAAAGGCGUGACUCAAAACUAUGAAAAUGCACCGCGUGUAAACUUGGAAUCAAUCACGCGCUUGGUCGAGGGGUUCGUAAAGGACAAGAAUAGUGACUUGGAGAUUUUGAGCUCCUACAACAAAAUAGUGAGGGAUAAAAAGGGGUUCCAUCUAAGAAACGCACCACUCACUAAAAGAUUCAGGGUAGUCUAUGACAAGAGACAGCUAUUGCCUGACGGUACCACAUUGCCCUUUGGCUACUGACUUAUGCUACAAGCCCCAGUGUGUCUUAAAGCUUAAGAUAUUAUGACUGCUGUCGAGGGUUUUGACCCCCGGCUACAAUUGCCUUUUUCAGCAUUAAUUGCCGGCCCUUCAAACAGUGGCAAAACUUUUUUUGUAAAAAGUAUUUUAGAGAAUUCUGAACAUGUGUUAUCUCAAAAGCCUGACAAUAUUGUAUGGUGUUAUUCAUGUUACCAACCUCUGUAUGAUGAAUUAUUGAAGACAAUAAAAAUCAAGUUUG